GCAAUUAUCUUUUGAUUAGGAUUUAAAAAAAUGAUAAUUAUUAUUAAAUAAUAUUUUAAUUGCUUUUUAAUAAAAUUUGUUUUUGUUAAUAUCUUAGUAUAUAUAGUUUUAGUUACGAGAUAGAUUAACACAUAUUACAAUCUUAAAAUAUAUAAUUGCAUGUGUCGCGAUCAUGUUAAUUAGCAACUUUAAAAAACAAAAUUUUAUAUAAUAAGAUCCGUACUUAACCUACGCAAUCAUUUUAGCAAAUUCAUUAGCUUUAGAUAUCAAAAAACAAAAAAAAACCAUUGGCUUUAUUAUAUCGUAAUGUAGCCGCCAUUUCUGUGUGGAGGAUGAGGUCACAAGAUGCACGUAUAAUUUCAUAAUGAUCUUGUUGAACAAAUAAUUAAAUCCAUUAUGUUCUUAUAUGAUAUUAUAGAGUGGCUAAAUUAAAUUUACUAAGACGAUAAAAUUAGGUAUAUAUGUAAUUAAAAUUAGGUAUAUGAGGUUGGCAGAUAACUUUUAAUUAAAUAGUUGGUUAAUAAAAAAAGAGAAUAAGCUUUUUAAGUUAUGCUUUUUCAUAUCAAAUAACAUCAUACCAUCAGGAAAAUUAAUUGAUAUUUUAUCUUAAAAACAUAAUGUUUCCAGAUUUUUUUGUCUAUAUAAUCAUGAAUAGUUUGGUUAAAUCGACCUAAAAUCGCUGUUAAUUUUUAAUCCAAAACCAAUACUUAUCCAAAAUUUUACUUUAACGUUUUUCAAUUUUCUUACAAGUUCUUAACAAAGGUUUAGAGAAAAGGAAUACUUCGAGAUAUUGUCCACUAGUCAAUUGGCAUAUAUCUUGAUACAUAUUCAAACGAGAUUUCAGUAAAACGACAAGAAGUAGGUUUACAAGUAGCUGGCCACAUAUUGCUCAAACAGGUGAAACCAUUUCUUUCGAUUAAAAACCGAAUAUCAAGGACUAGUUGCAAAACUCAAUUGUGAUAAUAUUAACCAAGUAGAAAAGGACGUUCGAAAAUUUUAAGUUACUAGAUCUCAGCUGAAACAUAGUGCUGUGUUUGGGAAUAGAUUAUUUACAUAUCACAAAACCAAAAAACUUGUUAUUUAGAUGAUGUUAAAGUCCUGAAAGAAAGUUUUUUUCCGAUCAGAGAUUGUCCAUGUGCCAAGAACGCAAAAUACAAAGGCGGAUAGCCUAGCACGUAGUGUCAGGAAGCAGCCGUCUUUCGUCGUUCACAUGGAUAGACAUCUCUCAGUUUGGUUCACAGAGUUUGUAUGAGUCUGUUUAUGCUGAUGACAAAAAUAAAAUAAAAUAAAGGGUAGUCCAAAGCAAUUAUACAUAAUCAGUUAAUUAAUAACUGUUUCACUAAUAAUAAUCACUAUCUUUAUUAAACAAAACUAGGUGUUUUGUCCGCGCAUGCGGGCAUAAUCGUUUUACUAAUAAUUAUUAAUAUAUCUAUUAUGAUUUAAACAUGAUGAUGAUAGCUUGUUUUUUUUAUAUUCUUAAUCAUUUUAGUUUUCUUUGAUUUUAUUUCGAUCUACGUUUUUUUAAGACAAAGCAAAACCAUAAAACUAUGAAACCAUAAGAGCAUAACUGCAUAUCAAAUAUUGCAUACAAUAAAGUAAAGUAAAAAUAUGAAUGAACUUUUGGUCUUUCUUAAUCUACUUUGUAUUUUUGAACCAGAAAAUGUAUUAAAUUACCAAAAAACCAUUGAAACACACAUAUCCAAGUAAAAAUAAUAAUAAUAAAGUUCGAUGAUAAUUUAGAAGAAAACUUUUUUAAAAAUGAAUUGAGAUAAUGGUAAUAUUUCAUUGGUUUACUUGAUAAAUGUAUACAUUAACUUAUUUUAAUAUUUCAUAAGUUUACAUUUAAUUUAAAAAAAUAUAAUGAUAGUUUUAUUAUUAUAGUUAAUAUAUAAUGAUAAAUCUAAUUAUUCAUUAAGAAUAUAUCUACUUUAGCCGUUUUAGAAACUAAACCAUUAACACAUGUUUAUAACAUGAUAACAUAGGCAACUCUCUAAACUUAUUAAAUAUAUCACAUGUUUUCUAUUUUGAUGUUGUUCAUAUAGCCGUUAAUGUAAACAACUCCAACCAAUAAUAUUGUUUGACCUGCACAAAAAAAUUAAACCACUGAAAAGAGAACGUUCACAUCAGCAUGAAAGUGAUGAAGAGAACGCAAACAAUUGAAACAACCAGAAGACACUAUACCUAGAGGAUGAAACAAAAAUUAUAACCAAUACAACUUGGAAUGAAUGAGUAAAAUAAAACUAUAGAGUUUAAAACCUCUUACGUCACAUUAAAAUAAGAAUUGGUCUUCACUUGUGAAAGUUCAAAUAAUUAUAAUUCUAGUUCUAAUUAGAAUGUUCAAGAUAGUUAUAUUAUUUAAAUUAAUAAAUUAAUGAUUUAAGCUUAAAAAUAAUAAGAAACUUGUGAAAGUUAAAAUAAUUAUAAUUAUAGUUCCAGUUAGAAAUUUUAAAAUAGUUAUAUUAUUUAAAUUAAUAAAUUAAUUAGAAAUUUCGAAAUGUUAUAUUAUUUAAAUUAAUAAAUUAAAUAAUUAAGCUAAAAACUAAUAAGAAUAUGACAAAUAAAUAAAAUUAUAUAAAAUCAUGGAGAAUGUGACAAAUCAACAAAAACAUAGUUAUAUUAUUUAAAUUAAUAAAUUAAUUAGAAAUUUCGAAAUAGUUAUAUUAUUUCAGUUAAUAAAUUAAAUAUUUAAGUUAAAAAUAAUAAGAAUAUGACAAAUAAGCAAAAAUUAUAUAAAAUCAUGGAGAAUAUGACAAAUCAGCAAAAUCACUUAUAAUAGUAUUAGAUAAGUGAGGUGGAAAUUGGUAAAUGAAAAAAAUGAAGUAUUGUAAGAAACCGAAAACUAUACGCAGUAUGUAGGUUUGAAAUUUAUAAAUUCAUAAUCCAUUAGAUACAGGGUAAGUACAAGUAUGUGUUAAAAGCCUAUAAUAUUAUAAAUUUGUUUUUGAGAAAAGAGAGAGAAGGGAAGAAGAUGAGAGAGGAGACCAGACAUAAUUGAGUUCCACCGAAAAGUGCAAAGAGGGGCGGUGAAAUUCUCGAAUACGAUCAUACAAUAGUGUUUUCUGGGUAUACAGUCAAUGACAAUAAUGGUUGGUCGGUUAUACAAAUUUAUAUUCUAUUUUUAUAACCAAUAAAUUAUUCUUUUAUUUGGGCAACAAAAUUAUUCAUUUUAAAAAAUCAUUCGUUCCUCGCAAAAAUAAAGUUUUCACGUCAUAAUUUAUUUAAUGUCUAAUCCGACUAAUCUAUGAUAUAUUAAUUAUAGUUUAGUUUAACAGUUUUUAAUAAAAAUUGAUCCAGUCCAUCGGAAUAAAUGAUAUAAUAUCAUCAAAACAUAUUAUAUAUGUAUAAAUAAAAUGAUCAAAUAUAAAAAGAAAAUUGUUGAUAAUAUAUACAAAUAAAUUCACGCAGGUCUUAUCCUAAUUUAUAUUAAAUCAUUAAAAUGAAUUGGGCCACUGAAGAAGCCGAAAGACGUUAGAUAUAACCCACUCGUGGACAUCCUCCUCUUAUUUUCUCUUUGAAAAAUAAUCGACCUAUAUAUCUAGAAAAAGUUAUCGUAAGAACUGUAUUUCGUUUUUCUUCUCAAUUAUCUUUAGUGGAGAAUACUUCUUUUUACAUGUUAAAUGUUUCGUCGCGUAUUUGAAUAAACUGUCCCGAAUAUAUUAUAUACAUAUCCUUCAGAAAAGUUUUUCAAAGCGUGGAUAAACUAAAAUAAAAAGGGAAGGAAAAAUAUUGUAAACCCUCCAUUUUAAAGAUGUGCAUUUUAAAGAAACUUUAGGAGUAUAUAAGUACUUAUUAAUUACAUAAAGACAAAAGCUACGACGAGAACUGUUUUUAUCAUUACGCAUUAAGAGGCUAAUUAGAGUUUAUUAAUAAUACUAAUCCUAGUAUGAUAAUCAGGUUUGGAUUCAAGGGUGUAGUGACGGCGACACUAGCACAACCCUCGAAGCUAAAAAUGAUAGUCUAUUACAAAUAACAAACUAUUGAGAUUAACUAGUACUCCAUCCAUUCUACAAAAAUAAAACUUUUUACUAUUUUUACACAUAUUAAGAAAAUACAUUAAACUACCAUAAUAAAUGUAUCAUUUUCUGUAAUUUUAAUUUUUAAUAAUUUUUAAUCAAUAGUAACUCAAUAAAAUCAAUUAAUUUUCUUGAAAUUUACAAUUUUUUAUAGAAAACACAAAAAAUACAUAUUUGUAAAACAAUUUUUUUUUCUAAAAAGUCUAUCAUUAAGCAACAGAAGGAGUAGUCCUUAAUUAUAUCUGCAUUAAACAAUAAUACGAUAGACUGAUACUUACAAGGUUAACCAAGUUCAUGGACCUUGUGAACACUGUCUUUACAUUGCUAUGUUCCAAGAUUAAACCGUUUGGACGUGAACUUUAACUACACAUGUACAGAUGUACUGUGAUAACGUUUCGACCAGCUAAUAACUACGAAGAGAUUUACGACUCAUAACUACGAAGAGGAUUUUUUUUUCUUACACUAUGAAGAGGUUAUUCAUGGACUAUUUAUGUGUAUUCGUCAUUUCAACAUAUACCGGCUGGCUAAUAUUUUUUCUGCUUAAAACCAAAAGAGUUUCGUUCUAAAAGAAGAGAUUUAUUCACGAACUUAAUUAAUCUACUGAAUCAUGACUAAUAUUGUUACCCUGAUUCAAUUUGCCAUGAUGAACAUAUGCCCAUAUCCACCUUGCAUGUCUUAAACUGUACCACGCAGAUGAGCCUAUGCGUACGCACUAUUAUUUGAAACAAUCGAGAUUAUUUUUAAAUUUUAAUUCCAAAUUAAAUUAAUAGAGUAUUUGAUGUACAAGCCAAUCAUAUACAUAUGAUGAGGAUGAUAAAUUUUGAUUUAGAAAUUAUUUAUGUGGAUACUCUCAUGCAUGCCGCAUCCAUGGUAUUCGUUCCCAAAUAUUAUGUGACCAUAGAUUUGUCCAAGGUAAAUUCUCAAAUAUAAUAUAUAUGUAUAUGUUAUAAUGAUAAAUAAUAAUCACUUACACAUGAGGAAAUUCGAUAAAAUAAAAGUGUCUGACAAAACAUGAACCGAUUUAAAAGAAAAACAGAUCAUAUAAGAUCCAAAUGUCAAUUUUGUUAGAUAAUUUUACAUAUGAAUGAAAAAAAAAAGAUAACUAAACCGAAUAUAGAAGAGAAAGAUUUCUUAAAAGGAAAAAUGAAACAAAAAUAUAGAUCAAUUACAAAAAAAUAAAUUCAAAAACUCGAACGGAGAGUAGAAUUAUACUGCCCGAGUCUCAUGCUAGCUGAUAACGUCAUCAGUUUGGUGAGUCUAUUUUUCUACAAACAAACAAAAAUCAAAAAGACAAUAAAAGAAGAAGAAAAACGAAAAGAAACCAAACAAAAACCCCGCAAGUAAACUUUCUCUACACUCCACUUGUUUAAAUUAAUAGUAUGAAAAAGGGAUAAUAACAACAUUACGGAGUCGGUUUCCACUUCCUAUAAGCCCACGACCUUGCAGUAUAUAUAAAGGAACCAGCCUUGUCUGCUUUUGCUGCAUUAACAUUUCCAAGAAGCAUUCUAAACUUAGUGAGUGCGACUCUCUACUUUACAUACUUUAUUCAACACUCACCUCAAAAUCACCAAAAAGAAAACAUGUUCUGUCCAACAAAAAUGCUUGUUUCUUCUUAUACUCGCAACCAUAUCCUCUUCUUCAUUGCACUAAUUCUCACGUUAACCUCUUUAACUGAAUCUCGAUACCAUCACCACAAAGAGAAACACAAACACAAUAGCCAUAACCAUCACUCCUCAAAACCAGAGCCACCAUCUUCCUCAAUCUCUCAGCCUCCUACUCCUCCUCCAGGCCCCAAUGACUCACCGUCACCUUCGCUGCCACCGUCACCUUCAGACGAGCCUGAAGAAGAUAACAAUGGAUUCUACAACGUGAGAAAGUUUGGUGCGGUCGGAGAUGGUGUCACGGACGACACGGAAGCAUUCAAAACUGCGUGGGACUCUUCAUGUAGUAACCAGAACGACACCGUUUCAGUUUUGUUUGUUCCUUACGGCUACACAUUCAUGAUUCACUCUACUAUAUUUACCGGUCCUUGCCACUCUUACCAAAUAUUACAAGUGGACGGGACCAUUAUAACACCAGAUGGACCAGAAUCGUGGCCAAGUAAUAUAAGUAAAAGACAGUGGCUUGUCUUCUAUAGAGUCAACGGAAUGGCUCUGAAAGGUGCCGGAGUUAUUGACGGCCGGGGACAAAAAUGGUGGGAUCUUCCCUGCAAACCUCACCGGUCCGUCAACAAAUCUGCAAUUUUUGCUGGUCCCUGCGACAGCCCCAUUGCUUUGAGGUUCUUUAUGAGCUCGAAUCUAACGGUGGAAGGUCUAAUGAUAAAAAACAGCCCGCAGUUUAAUUUCAGAUUCGACGGAUGCCAAGGCGUUCACGUCGAGUCCCUUCACAUCACUGCUCCACCGUUAAGUCCCAACACUGACGGCAUCCACAUUGAAAAUUCUAACUCCGUUACCAUCUACAACUCCGUCAUCUCCAACGGAGAUGAUUGUGUAUCGAUUGGUUCGGGAUCCUACGAUGUUGAUAUUCGGAAUCUCACUUGUGGACCCGGUGGCCAUGGAAUUAGUAUUGGAAGUUUGGGCAACCACAACUCACACGCAUGCGUAUCAAACAUAACUGUAAGAGACUCCAUCAUAAAAUAUUCCGACAACGGAGUUCGGAUCAAAACGUGGCAAGGUGGUUCUGGUUCGGUCUCAGGCGUGACAUUUAACAACAUCCACGUGGAGUCAGUCCGUAACCCAAUAAUCAUUGACCAAUACUAUUGCAUGACCAAAGAUUGUUCUAAUAAAACAUCUGCGGUUUUUGUAUCUGAUAUUGCAUACCAAGGCAUCAAAGGAACUUACGAUAUUCGAAGUCCUCCAAUGCAUUUUGGAUGCAGCGAUGCAAUUCCAUGCACAAAUCUAACUCUUUCGGGCAUCGAGUUGCUUCCUGCAAAGGGCGACAUCGUUCUGGAUCCGUUUUGUUGGAAUGCUUAUGGACUUGCGGAAGAGCUUUCGAUUCCUCCGGUUUGGUGUCUCAUGUCAGAUCCUCCCACGGCGUUGCAAGGUGCUCUUGUUGACAAGUGUGGUUCACCGUGAUUUGCAUCUUCGGAUCAAUAAUUGAGUUAGACAAUAUUCUAAACUUUUAACGAGAUUUUAGAGGGAAAUGUAUAUAAGUUUGAGGAGAGUCAUAUUAUUGAUCUUCAUUAAGGAGUGGUAUGUUUUAUUUGCCUCCCAACUAUUUAAAAGUCGUGUUUAAGUUUCAUAUGCUGAUUUAUGUAGUGUUUGUUUUACUAAUGAUGGAGUGAUUAAUAUAAUUAAGAUUGUGUUUUAGCUUCAGUA